AUGAAUAUCAAUCUUCCUUCUUGUUUUGUUUUAAUCCAUUAUGGGCUAUCCCAUGAUGCCUCAUCCAUUUUUUCAUUAAAGCAGCCAACUAAAAGUGGAAGUCUUCAUAUCUAUUUCACUCAACCUCUCUCUAUAGCUAUCUAUCUAUCUAUCUAUCUAUCUAUCUAUCUAUCUAUCUAUCUAUAUAUAUUUUGUACAAAUUUAUCUAUCUAUUUAUCUUUCUAUCUAUCUCUCUAUCUAUCUAUCUUGCUAUCUAGCUAUCUAUCUUGGUCUGUUUCUAUCUAUCUAUCUGUCUAUCUAUCUAUUUUGAUCUGUUUCUAUCUAUCUAUCUAUCUAUCUAUCUAUCUAUCUAUCUAUCUUGGUCUGUUUCUAUCCAUCUAUCUAUUUUGGUCUGUUUCUAUCUAUCUAUCUAUCUAUCUAUAUAUCUAUCUAUCUAUCUAUCUAUCUAUCUAUUUUGGUCUGUUAAUAUCUAUCUAUUUACAGUAUAACAAUUUAUCCACUGCAUCUAUCUAUCUAUCUAUCUAUCUAUCUAUCUAUCUAUCUAUCUAUCUAUCUAUCUAUCUAUCUAAUGGCUUAGAAUUGAAAUAUGUCUUCCAAUUGAUUAGGAUUCAUAAUAGUAGUAGUAGUAGUAGUAGUUCAAGUCCUCUGCCUAUCCCUCUUUCUUAUUGUCUUACUAUUUUAUUUAUUUCAUCUUGUCUUUCUUUAUUCUUUUCCUCCCCUUUAAUUUCUAAAUUUUCUUCUGUCUUAUAUAUUCUUCCACUUUUCCUCAUCUUUCAAUAUUCCAUCUUUCUUUUUCUCUUUUACUCCUCUUUCCUUUUUCCUUGCCUUUUCUUUUUAUUCUUUCUUCCUCAUCUUUCCAUAUCCCAUCUUUCUUUUUCUCACAUCCUCCUCUUUCUUUUUUCCUUGUCUUCUCUUUUUAUUCACUCUUCCUCAUCGUUUCAUAUACUAGCUUUUUCCCUUCCUCCUCUUUCAUUUUUCCUUGUUUUUUUUCUGUUUAAUUAUUCUCUCCACUCCUCAUCUUUCCAUAUCCCAUCUUUCUUUUUCUCUCUUCCUCCUCAUUUUCUUUUCCUUUAUCUUCUCUUUUUAUUUAUUCUUCCUCAUCUUUCCAUAUCCAAUCUUUCUUUUUCUCUCUUCCUCCUCAUUUCCUUUUCCUUUAUCUUCUCUUUUUAUUUAUUCUUCCUCAUCUUUCCAUAUCCCAUCUUUCUUUUUCUCACAUCCUCCUCUUUCUUUUUUCCUUGUCUUCUCUUUUUAUUCACUCUUCCUCAUCGUUUCAUAUACUAG